GCGGGCGCAUCUUCGUCCUGACGGCAUCACCACCGUCAAGCACCAAUUGCGCCCCAACCCCACACUCGACACUCCCGCCAACAUGAGGGCAGCUGCACGUCUCCUCGCCAGCGUCAAGCCUGGCCAGUUCCUUGAGGCCGGCACUCCCACGGGUCUCACAGGGCUCCUCACCCACCCGUCGCCGCGCUCCGCACUGCUCUACCACUACCACUCGACUCUCGACAAGCUCAAGAAGAUUCCCGAAUCAUCCGUAUACCGCCAAUCAACCGAGGCCCUGACGAAGCACCGUCUUGCCAUCAUCGAGCAGUCCAAGCCGGCGGGAUGGGACGAGUGGCAGCAAAAGAUCGCCAUGCAAGUUAGCGACGACCCAACCAGAUACCAGGUCCUCGACACAUCAGCCGGACAAACCAUCGUAAUCCCAAACCAGGCUGAGGUUGACGAACGGUCGAAAGCAGCCGAGUGGGACGGAGAGAAGAUCGAGACCUUCCCCGAGGGUAUUCGUUCGUCCAAAGAGCGACUGCCCCAUGCGAGGAAGAUGAAGGGCGACGUCAACUACACGCCUGAGCGGGUAAUGAACGACAUCAAGUUUGAUCCCGAGCCGCAGUACACUGCCGAAGCUAUUUCCGACCUUGAGAGCAGACUUGGCGCGGGCCUGAUUGAAGAAGUCAUUCAGGUCGCUGAGGGCGAGCACAAGCUCGUUGACGUCAUGACCGAGGCCAAGGUUUGGGAGCCACUCGAGGAGCCUGCGCCAGAAGGCCAAUGGUCUUACUUUGAGCGCAUGACACACACAAAGACACAGAAGCCAUAGACUCGCGUCGCUCACCAAAGCAUGUAGAUAGUAGAAGAACAAACAUUGUAUUUGUGCAUGUGAGGCUCCAUCACCAUUCGGCUACCGUACAAGAUAUAUGUGCUUUCCAUCUGUGACGUCCCUAUGAAUUUAAGCUCCCCCUCCCU